CCAGCCUGGUUAUACUGAGCACACAACUCUUCUUACCAAUAACACCUCAAACCAAUUCACAAAAUCCUCUCAAUUCCCUCUCCCUCGUCUUGAAUUUUUCUUUCUAUUCAAGGUUUCCAUGGCCAUUCUCUUUUACUUUAUGUUCCUCCUUUUCUGUUACGCCACCUUGGGUGACUAUCACAUCGGAAUAAAUUACGGAACCGUAGCCAACAACCUCCCACCACCCACCGAAGUGGCCACUUUCAUUAAAGAGCAAACUACCAUUAACAAAAUCAAGAUCUUUGACGCAAACCCAGACAUUAUCCGCGCUUUUGCUGAUAGCCGCGUUUGGGUUACCAUUACGGUACCUAAUGGCGACAUUUUAUUAGUUUCUAAACCCGAGGGUGCACAAUUAUGGGUCGAAGAAAACGUUGUUCCGUAUUAUCCACACACCAGAAUACAUCGCAUUUGCAUUGGAAAUGAAGUUAUGGCUACUGGUGAUAAAAAUCUCAUCGCUCAUUUAGUCCCUGCUAUGAGAGCGAUUCACAAAGCUCUGUUAAUAGCCGGAAUCAGUGAUAUUCAGGUGUCAACACUGCAUUCAUCGGGAAUCUUAACCCGCUCCGAACCACCCAGUUCGGGUCGUUUUAGACGGGUUUACGACCGGGUAAUAUUUGCCCCGAUGCUGGAAUUCCACCGUGAAACUAAAUCACCUUUCAUGAUUUGUUCAUACCCGUUUUUCGGGUUUAAUGAUAAAACUCUAGAUUAUGCUCUAUUUAAACCUAAUAAUGGGGUUUAUGACAAAGUUACUGGAAUGAAUUAUACAAACAUGUUUGAUGCACAACUUGAUGCUGUGUAUUCAGCUAUGAAGUUUUUGGGUUAUGAUGACGUGGAUAUUGUUGUAGCGGAAACGGGUUGGCCUUCUUCGGCUGACCCGAAUCAACCCGGUGUUAGUUUGGAGAAUGCUGUUUCGUAUAGUGUGAAUCUUGUGAAGCAUGUGAACUCUGGUGUGGGAACUCCAUUGAUGCCAAACAGGACCUUCGAGACUUAUGUUUUCUCAUUGUUUAAUGAGGACGAGCGUAACUUCGGGUUGUUUAGACCCGACUUCACACCCGUUUACGAUGUGGGCAUUCUGCGUAAUGCACAGGCUUCUCCGCCUGCUAUGGCACCAGAAAUAGGGAAGAAAUGGUGUGUGCCAAAGGCUGAUGCUAGUGAUGCUGCUUUGCAGUCGAACAUAGACUUUGUGUGCAGCUCUGGAAUAGAUUGUCAACCUAUACAAGAUGGUGGCCCCUGCUACGAACCCAAUACUAUCAGAGCUCAUGCAGCUUACGCCAUGAAUGCUUAUUAUCAAGCAAAUGGUCGUAAAAUGUUUGAUUGUAACUUCAUUAAUACCGGUGUUGUCACCAACUAUGAUCCUAGUUACGAAGAAUGUACGUAUGCUGCUUAAAGGAGUAACUGAGGACCCAGUAAGUCGCUGUCUCUUUCUUUCGAGCAUUGGAUCUCGUGGUUAGAUAAUAGAGUAUACAUUUUGGCAGAGUCCAGUGGGUUAUGAUGCUGUAACUUAUUGUGAUUUUCAAGUUUGAAGAGUUCAAUGUUAAUUUUGCAUAUGGAUGAUAUCUAUAUUUUAUAUGCAAUGCAAGCUUUUUUGGA